CUGAAGGUGCAUGUCCUCAAGGUCCCUAUAAUGAGAAUAACAUAGAGGAUCACAAUGUUCUAGUGUCGGUUUUUUUGCAAUCAAUGACUGUAUAUAUAUAUAACCAUAUCUAAAUGUUUCACUAGGACUCACCUCGCCUGCUAUAUAUAUUGCGAGGUGCCACAACCAUGUACGUAGCAGUUUUUACCCAAAUGUGAGUAUGAGUAUGAGACACUAGAAGAAAUUAUUGACGGCCGGUUUUAUACCGUCACAAACUUAUAAGAAGCGUAGGUAUAAAUUUGUUUAAAUUAUAUAUGAAACAGUGAAAGUAAUAUAAGAAGUUAUUUUCAAUAUUCUCAUUAUAUUCUCAAUGAUGGAGGUUCACAGUGCUAAUGUGAUGCUCUGCUAGCACGAAUUUGGGCUGCUAUCUAGUUUAAGACGGUCUCAUUUGUACAAUCAUAUCCCUUACUCAAAUAUUUCCCAAUCAAUAGGGAUGGCUGAUCUUCAAUAAAUUAAAACAUUUACAUAUAAAAAAAAAAAAAAAUUGAUGUGUCAAAUGUUCCAAAUAAGGCAAAUUAAAAACUAUGACCAACCACAUGUAGGUCUUGGUUAAAAUAUUUUAUGCUCAAUACACCUAAAAUCAUCAAGAGUCCACCUAAUAUGCACCACUUUUUAGUGGUGUAACUUUGCACCACUAUGUUAAUUGUCCAUUUUAUCCCUGUUCAAAAAAUUAAUCCCAUCAAAAUCCACCUGGUAAUACCAAUAUUUUUUUCUUUUUAUAAAAUAAUUUUUUUAACAAGGGUAAAAUGGACAAUUGGUAUAGUGGUGCAAGAUUGCACCACUAAAAAGUGGUGCACAUUAGGUGGCACCUAAAAUCAAAGUCUUAACUUCUUUUCCUCUAUGUAUACGAGCCUUUCCAUGUUACAUUCAGCAGCUUGCCGGCUUGAUGUUAUCAAAGUAUUCACAUUGUGCUCAAUCAUUCACGUACAUUAUCUUGUUAUUAUCAUUUCUUCUCUAACCUCACUGAUUAUAUAUUAGUACAUCAAUCAAUAUUCCUCAAAUGGAGAUUUUUGCAGCAGAUCCAAAUCAACAGGACGAGACAAUGAGAGAACUCUAUGAUGCAUCAUUAAAUGGAUGUGUAAGUACCUUAAAAACUCUGAUUCAAAGGGAUCCUCUUAUACUCAACAGAGUUCCACUCUAUCCCUUCACUGAAACCCCACUACACAUAGCCUCUUUGCUAGGACACACAGAGUUCUGCCAUGUUCUUCUUGACAUGAAUCCAAGUUUAGCAGGUGAAGUGAACUCAGAAGGGCGUUACCCUCUUCAUCUGGCUUCGGCUAAAGGCCACACCGAGAUUGUGAAAGCUCUGUUGCUCACAAAUUCUGGUAUUUGCUUGAUUCGGGAUAAAGAUGACAAGCUUCCUCUCCAUUUUGCUGCGAUGAGAGGACGCCUUGGAGUCAUCAAGGAGUUGAUCAGAGCCAAGCCACACUCCGUUAGGGAGAUGGAUGAGAAUGAUGAUGGUUCCCUUCUGCACUUGUGCGUACGCUAUAACCAUCUAGAGGCCUUGAAAUUUCUAGUGGAAUCAGUAAGAGGAGACAAUCAAUUCCUCUGUACCAAAGACAUAGAGGGCAACACUAUUUUGCAUUUAGCUGUGAGGCGCAGACAAAUUAAGAUCAUUAAAUUCUUGCUUUCACUAUCUGAAAUGAGGACAGCAUUAAGCACUUUGAACAGGGUGGGUUUAACACCUUUGGACAUGUUGGUGAACCGUCCAAGAGAUUCUAUUAGACUUAGAAUUGAACACAUUUUAACUGAAGAAGGAGCUCAAUCCUCACCGAUCAAUGAUCCUCCAAAAUGCAAUGGUACACCACAACCACCACAUCCCUCACUAAGCAAUGAUCCUCCUGAACCAUCACAGUCCUCACCAAGCAAUAAUCCUACACAACCUCCCUCACAAAGCAUUGAUCCUCUACAACCAUCACCACCCUCACCUAGCAAUGGCCCUACACAACCACAACCAACACAACCCUCACCAAGCCAUGACCCUCCACAAACAUCACCGAGCAAUGAUCCUCCACAACCACCCUCACCAAGCAAUAAUCCUCCACAACCACAACACCCCUCACCAAGCAAUGUUCUUUCACAACCACCAUCACCCUCACCGAGCAUAGCUGCUAAUGAACAACAUGAAAGUAGUAGAUGGGACAAGUUUGAGAAGUUCUGCACAACCUACCUCAUAAACCAAGGAUACUGGAUAGACGGAAGAACAAAGGAAACAUGGAUGAUCGCGGCCACUGUGAUCGCAACCAUGACUUUUCAGUCAGUGUUAAGCCCACCAGGCGGUGUGUGGCAAGCGGAUUCAACAGACGGUGGCUACGCCUGCAAAGAUUAUGGUUUCUGUGAAGCGGGAACUGCAGUUGUGGGUUAUGUUUGGUCCCCAGACUUUCUAAAAUUCGUUUUCUUCAACUCCGCUUCUUUCUUCUUUUCUCUCUGUGUACUUUUGAUUCUCAUUAGCGGGUUCCCGCUGGGGAAUAAGGUCAUCAUGUAGAUCUUGGCGGUUAAGAUGCUCGUUGCUAUCACAUUCAUGCUACUCACGUACAUGUGGGCAUUGGGAUUGGUGUGUCCCAAUCAUAUUUAUUAUAGAAUUCGUGAUUUGGGGUAUAUUUUGGUCGGUAUUUGGUCUUUCUUACUUGGUGUUGUUGGUUUGAUUCAAAUUAUCAGAAUAGUCUUGUGGGUUAGGUCAAGGCGCAGGUCCUCAACAAAUGCUUCACUAACUCAAAGUUCUCUUGGUCGAUCGGCUUAAUGACUAAAGGUGGAAGUUGUUGCUUGGAAAUUUUCUUCAUACAUCUCGUGUGGUGUAUAUAUAGACAUUCCAUAUGGCAUGAGAGUGGAACGAAAAAUGAAAGGAUAAAUGAUGCAAGUAGUCGUAAAAGCGGGGCGAUCAGCCAAGAUAAAUUUUGUUCUUAAUAGAGUAGUACUUAAAUUUGUUUUGGCCCCCCUUAAAUUCUUUAUACUGUUUUCUUUUUAUCUAGAGAUUAUUAAUUUUUCUUAUUAUGUUAGUUUUUAUUUUUAUUUCCAUAUGUAACCAAAAAAAAAUCCGUCUUUUUGCCUAUUUUUUUCUGGUUCUGUCGUCCCUGUAUGGACCAAAUCAGAGGUGUUGAUGCUCUAAACAAGAGCUAGUGUAACAACUAAAUUACAAUAAAGAUGUUAGUAUUGUUUCACAGAAAUUUAUGUUUAGUUAUUGCGAGCCUGGG